CAGGCACACCGUCUGUGGAAUUUAGCUCACCUGGGCAUAAAUAAGAAGACAGAACAAGAGAAAAUCGGAAAGACUGGCCGUUUGACGGACAUCUCUGGAGGAUCAAUCCCCAUCAUUGCUGCAGCAUGGGGUUUGGAAAUUCAUCUGAAAUGCAGAUGGAGCAGACCAAGAAGCAUGUGGACUACUGUUCAGGCCCAUGCCACGCUGAGCAGAUUUUGCAGGUCUUGAACAAUUACAGGCAGAAUGGCAUCUUUACAGAUGUGGUGCUUCAGGUUGGCACAGUGGAGUUCCCCUGCCACCGAGCUGCUCUUUCAGCCAACAGCAUCUAUUUCCGUGCUAUGUUUCACAGCAACUUGAAAGAGAGCUGCCAGGAUAAAGUGAAGAUCCACGAUAUUUCACCAUCCAAUAUGGAGGCCUUAUUAAAUUUUAUGUAUGAAGGGAAAGUGGACAUCCAUGAGGAUAAUGUGGAGUCAAUUUUUCUGGCAUCUGAUCACUUGCAAAUAAAUGUCGUUCGUGAUGCUUGUGUCAAAUUUCUUGAAAAGCAAAUUGACCCUUCCAACUGCCUAGGAAUUCUCAAGUUAGCACGAUCCUUCUCUGUUCACACCCUGACUGAGAAAUGCACCAAGUUUUUGUUUGAGGAUUUUGCUGAAGUGUUCAAACACGAGGAAUUCCUGCUGCUGUCAGACGUGGAGCUCGUUGAGUUUCUCUGCAGCGAACGGCUCACAGUUGAACAUGAGGCUGUUGUCGAUGCGGUGAUUCGAUGGCUUCACCAUGACGUUCCUGCGAGAAAGGUGCACCUGAAGAACCUGCUGGCAUUAGUUCAGCUUCCUUUGCUUGACCCUGUGUAUUUCGUUAAUAAAAUUGAAAUGGAUGAAGUCAUCAUGAAAUCCGAGGAGUGCUGGCCCUUACUUCAAGAAGCUCGGCGGUAUCAUAUUUUUGGAAAUGAAGUCAUGUCUACAAGGACCCAUCCGCGCAGAUUUUUAGGAAUGACUGAGAUGUUAGUAGUCAUUGGCGGUUGUGAUAAAAAGGGAUUCUUUCAGCUGUCAUGUACUGAAAAAUAUAACUUUGAAACAAAAAAGUGGACACCAGCUGCUACUGUUCCAGGGGGUUUAAAAUCUGAAUUUGCUGUAUGCACACUUCAAAACGACAUCUAUGUGUCAGGUGGCCAUAUCAACAGCAAGGCCGUGUGGAGGUACAUGUCAAAGCUCGAUGCAUGGGUUCAAGUUGCACCCUUGAACAAAGGGCGAUGGAGGCACAAAAUGGUAGCACUUCAAGGCAAGAUUUAUGUAGUGGGAGGAUUUGAUGGAAAUGGCAGAGUGGCGAGUGUUGAAUGUUACAAUUCCUUUACCAAUGAGUGGCAUCCUGUUGCUGCUUUGCUGGAGGCUGUGAGCUCUGCUGCUGUCACCACAUGCCACAACAAGCUGUUUGUGAUUGGUGGAGCUGUUAACGAUCAAACCAAUACAAACCAAGUACAAUGCUAUGAUCCAGAUGAAGAUAAAUGGAUUCACAUGGCCCCUACUCCAUUUUACCUCCGUUGCCUGAAUGCUGUCACUCUUGACAAAACCAUAUAUGUUGUUGGUGGACUUAUGGAAAAAAUGUAUAGCUAUGUCCCAGAAAAGAAUCUGUGGAGUGAAGCUGUGACUUUGCCCGGCCCCUUGGAAAGCUGUGGCAUGGCGAUUUGCCAUGGCAAAAUGUACAUUCUUGGUGGCAGGAAUGAACAGGGAAUGGGCACCGACAAGGUAUUCAGCUUCGAGCCUUCCUCAGGAGAAUUUACAGAGGAGCCCCCCAUGCCACGCUGCCUCAUUUAUCAUGGCUGUGUCACCGUCACUCAGCCCUUAAAGAAAAACCUGAAGCUGUGAGACAUUAUCUUCUCCUACUUAUUUAUGGUCACACUGUAGUACCUAGAGAGUACCUUGAAGGGUUCUGCACCUUUUCUGUCCCUGUGGGACAUUAAGAUUUAUUUCCUCAAAGGGUACAUUAAAAUGGAAUUGUCUUACCUACAAUGGAUGAAUCUGUAGGUGCAGUGUUCAGAAUGCAACAAAUUGCACUCUGGGUAUCAUAUGAGAAAACGUUCUAUUAAUCACAACCAACAUUCCACACCUUCAGGUAAUGUCGCAAAGGAACUUACAGUAUGUGAAGAAUUCAUAGCUCCGUACACUGUGCCUCUGCCUUGAUAAUGAUCAGUCAUAAUUGGUCAUUGCAGUUUCUCCAUAUUCCGGGGGGUGCCGGUAUUUAUGCCUACUGCAUGAAGCUGGUUCAUUAUUAUGGGAAGCCUUAUCCUUACUUUACAUUUUUGUUGAAUAAAAUGUUAGGGAUUUUUGUCCCACCACUAGGUAGUAAGGAUUUAUGUGAUGCAGCAUAUACUGUAUAAUGUGAUGUAAUUCAAUGAAAACAAACUUUUCAUUCUUUUUUUAACAAGAAAUCAAUUGAUUGUGUUCACUUCACCUUCUUCAUAAUUUUAUCAUGUUUAAUUUACAAAGAUAUGUAAAGUCCAAAGUAAGCAGUUAGGAUUUAGCAUAAUGAUGACUAGGCAGUGUGGUAGCUCAGUGAUUAUUAGUGCCACGCCACAGCUCCAGGGACUAGAGAUUCAGUCCCUGCCUUGUAUUUAUCUGUGACAAGCUGUCCACUUGGAAUUCUUCUUCACAUGUUCCAGAUCCGUCCCAUUGUCUUAUAGAUAUGGAGGCUAAGAGAGCUGGUGACUCUAACUUGGCCUGUAUGGCCAUUUGUGGGUGUGUGUCCUACAACAGACUACUGACUCUGUCAUUAUUGAUUCCUAAGUUGUUGCCAUUGCUUCCAGGAUAGACUUUGAAAAUGGAUGAAUAGAUUAUUUGAACAACACCUAGAAUUCUGGCCUGGAAUCACUAGCCAAUUCAUAGUUCAGAAUUGCAUCAAAUGAAAUUUUGCAUAUCCAUAGCAUAAAUGGCAUGGUAGCCAAAUGGUGUUUGUCUCACAGCAGCAGAAACUGUUCUGUGUGCAGUUUGCACAGUCUCUGUGUGGGUUUUCUUCAGGUGCUUCUGCUUCCAUCAACAUUGUAAAUAAGAAACACAUUACAUUAAUUGGAGUCUCCAUAUCGGUUAAGUACAAUGCACAUGUUGGAGAGUAGCCUGGGACUGAUUAAUGCCAGCACACACGCACGCCUGCCUUGGCAUGUUGCUGCCAGGAAUCACCUCAUCCUUUAGGUUCAUAAUUAGGAUGGAUAGAUAGACUAUAGAGACCUAAAAAAUGACACACAUCAGUGCGCAAUGAAGUUUGCCAACAUACAGAAUGCACCACCUCAAGCUUAUGGGUGACUUACUCGUGUAAUGCAAAGAUCUCUCCAUUAUUAAACCUGCGUAAUUCAGUUCAGGAUUUGAGGAAAAGGUGAAAACGAAAUCUAGGAAAUUAAACAAAAAUGACUUUAUUCAAAAAUUAAGGCAAAAAUCCGAAAGGCUUACAAAAACAAAGAAAAGAAACCCAGCCUCUUAAAAAGAAUCCAAAGACUUUCUUAAAAAUGUAAAAUUAGUCAUACAAAAAGAUAGAGAAACUCAUUGCCAAUCCUCAAAGCAAGAUUUAAUAAUUGUAAUACAGAAGUGGGUAGUUAUAAAUGAGAAAAAUCCAAAAUCAGGAGGUUAUCCCAAAAACGGGAAGAAAAGAGAAAUUCUUAGUGUUUACCUUGACUGGGGCCUGUGAAUGCCUCAUUGGUGGACUCAGAUGCUAAUCCAGCUGCGAUAUUAGGAGGCACCGUCCCCUGGGGGCAACAAAAAAAGGAGAAGAAACAAAAGAAAAUGACAAAGAAAUUAAUCACCAAAAAUAACACAUUUUUGGUCUACCAGAAAAACAAAAUUUUUUGCUCCAGUCCGCGUGUUUUUUUAGACUUGUGGGUUCCAAAUCCAAAUCAGGCUACGGAAUUGUUCUAGCACAUCCUGUUUUUGAAAGAUGAAGGUUUAAAAUAAUAAAAAAGAAAUCUCUAUUUUAGGGAAAAAGUAAUUUUAUUAAAUUAAUUAUUUAGACUUGAAAAAUGAUAAAUUACAUAAGGAGACUUUUUAAAAAUAUAAAUAUUACUUACAAAAUGGAGUUACCUGGUAAUUGUUUUCCUCAUAUUUGUUUCAUGGUGGAAUGACCAGCAGAAGGGUGCUAACACAGACUCCCCUCCGCUUGCCACUGUAAUGUCUCCCCAAAUGAGCAAUGUCCUGGUGGAACGUCUUCCCAUGUUCAUCAGAAACGGCUCUCCUAUUCUCAAAGAAAAACAAAAUCCAAGUAACGAGCAUAGGAAAUCGAUUUUUUAAAGACAUGUGUUAGGUACUGUAGAAAGAGAGAAGCUCCUCAACUUAUUCCUCAUAAUUUUCCACUCUUGAAUUCCCAAGAACACUAUGGCACAUGCUAUUUUUUUAUAAUAAAUUAUUGGUGUGUAUUCUUUUAGUGUUUGCUUGCCUGCUAACUUGGUCAAGGAAAUGGAUGGAUCCAUUGCAUAUUUCUGUUGACACAAUUUAAACAACUUUUUCUCUUCUGGACAAUAAAAAGGCAUCCAUAUAACCUUGUAAAUAUAAAUUUCUGUCUAUUUUGAAGGAAUAAGUGGAGAGAAAAAAUUAAUUUUGGGUUGUUUCCACCUCAACUAACUAGUAUUAAGAACGAGGAAGACUGAUAUUUUCAGCUCAAAAUACAGUAUACUUCAAAUAAUACUCUGAACAUAGAAAAUACCAUAAAACAAAUUUAACCUAUUCCUAAAAAAAGUUAAAAAUGGCAUUUUUCACAGAAUCUUGCGGAAACAGUUUGCGAUAUAGAAACUCCAGUUUCAGAAACAUAAAUUUGUACACUGAUUUGUUUUGCAUGGGAGUAUUUUAGUGUUGACCAGUGUAAUUAAUAAAAAAUAACAAAAAAUUAAAGAAACUAUAUAACAAAAUAUAAGUAACAAUUAAAAAUAAAUACUUUUUAGACAUUUUUAUUCAGAGCCCCAUGAUUUGUAAACUUUUUAUCUUAAGGGGGUUGUCGUGACAUACACUGAAGUCAAAAUAAAAUAACUGCUGGCCGGAAACACUAGAGACACUUAAAAUGAAAUUUCAAGGCCUUUAAUUUUUCUUACAUUUUUAAUUGAAAUAUUUUUGGAAAGAUAAAAUAUAAUUCAGGAAACCAAAAGUUUCUUUGAGCCAAUUUUGCUUAAAAUUUGGUUCUAGAGGAUUGUAGUAAGAGAGUGAGAUUUGUGAUAAGCAGUUGAAUGAAGAAACACGUCACAUGUGCCGCACACCCCCAGACAAACUUGUUUGGGGUUGAUGCCUAAAACACAUUCAAAUUUCAACCCCAGUUAAAACACUUCCUCUUAUACUCUCUUAUAUGGUGAAAGUUAAACACUUUCUCCCCCAUUUUAUUGUUGUGCCCAUUUGCUGACUUAAGUUUUGCAGUUCUGUUCGCGGGUAAUUAAAUUGAGAAGGCUGAAGUAUUGUUGGACAGAGGUUUGGUUCCUUUUCCUUUAUCAACAGUAGAAUCAUUCCAGUCAGCAAUCUAUAUUUUUACUUCACUAAUAAAAGGAACCAAAUAAUUUCAAUGGAAAAGAAACAGAAAAACUGUUAACAAAACUGCAGUAAUGGAUGUCUAGCAAGAACCUGACACAGAAUCAAAGGGACUGAAGGGAGUUCUGGCAGCAGUGGACCAAACUGUUCCAACUAAGCAGGGCUCCAGUCUGUUGCAGGACACACACACACACACACAGCACAAUUAUAUCUGACAGUAUCUGAAGAAGAACCCACUGAGCUCAAUGAACCAGAAGGCAAACAAAUCGAGGACCUCCAUUUUUCCCAAAAAUACAUAUCAAAUAUUAAAUGUAAUGUCAUAAAUGUUUUUAUAUUAUACGUUUUGAAAAUAAUAACUACCACCCAUUCGAAAAACAGGACCGGUUUUAGUGUCUGUAUGAAAUUAUACUGUGAAUUUUCAGGACUGUGUGUUUCUAGUCUUGGAAACCUCUGUGUGUUUGCUUUGGUGCACUGAUGCUGUGAUGGAAAUCAAAUCAAAAACAUUUUUGGUCUUUAUGGUGAUUAGUUUCAUCUCAGUAUCAUACCAGUUACAUAAUAAAUUUGUUACAAGUGUUCUGUUAUCACUGAAUGACAUAAAAUGGAAAUCCUUGGGAAGGAAAAUGUGAAAGAUGCCAAAUUUAAAGGCAUAAAUUGAGUAUUUGUAAUGCUUCACAACAUACUUUCUAUGAGCCACCUAACCAUUUCUUUCAUGUCAACAUCAAUCUGCGCAACAUCAUUUAAGAUAUAUAUCUAUUUUUUUAACUAAUUUAUAUUUAUGACUUAGAGAUUAAUGUAUUCAUUUGUUGUUAGUGUGUUUUGUUAGCGCAUAAGCAGCACAAAGUAUUGUGCAUCACUUCCGUCUUUGAAUCACAACUGACUUUCAACCAGUACACAAUCAGACUUGAGCAGAUCUGUUCCUGUGUGCCCAUUCCUUUUUUUGAAAGAUUCUUAUGUAACAUAAUGAAUAAAAUGCUAGAAAUGAUUUACAAGAUUUGUGUUUCUUCAUACAAGUAGUGUUAGGUGUAAUGCCAUGAGGGUGGAUGCUGUUAGAAGUGAUGAACUCCUCAGCUUUGUAGUCAGAAAAGAAGUUUGGCUUCUUGUAUUAAAACUCAUCAUUUUGUAAAGUUAAAUAAAGAUUCUUGUUUCUGUC